AUGACGAUGAAGAAAAUGAUGGUGGUGGAGAUGGUGGAGGUGGAGGAGGGGAUGGCGGAGAAGGGGAUGGCGGAGGACUUGAUGGUGGUGGUGGCGGUGGAGGAGGAGGAGGAGGGGGAGAUGGAGAUGGAGAAGGCGGCCGAUGUUGAGAGGGCGAUGAGGAACGAGAGGUCGUAG